AUGCCAUUCAAUCCCCUCAUCAAGGCCGCCGAUAUCAGGGCAGGCCUCAAGAACUCGUCUCACUUCCUCAACCCCGACGUGUCGAAGAACACGCUCUGCCUUUCGGACAUGGUGGGGAUGGGCAAGGACAUGGGGGUCCACUUUAUAUCCCUCCCGCCCAACAAGUCUGGCAGAACUUCACCACCACUACGUCGACAGUGA